AUGGAUGAAAUUUUACAAGAAAAACUUCAGCAUAUAAAAGAUUCAUGUAGUACAGAUGAUUUUGAAGCAGCAUUUAAACUUUUAAAAGAAACAGUUCAUGAAUUACGUGAUAAUUUUAAUGAAGCUCUUAAAAAUAAAGAUGAUGAUAUAAAUUCAUUAUUUGGGAAUCCUAAAGGAUUUUGUAAAAAAAAUCUUCCUGAUAUUAUUAAUAAAGGAUAA